AUGGCAGCCGAUCAAGAAAAGUCGAUUAUCGAACUGCCUACUAUAAAUGAAGACUUGGUGAAUUGGGCUGGCUAUGGAGAAGAGCAACUGUCCAGGGUUGUAAUCACAGGGGAACUUUUUUGCCAUGGUGAUAGAAAUCAUAAAGAUUUAGUUCAUCCUUUGCCAGUUUCUGGUGCAUCGAUUGCUGUUUUCUGUGGCACCAGCGGCCCUAAGACGAGGAAAUCAUAUGCGAUGGGCAAAACGGAUGGCUACGGGGAAUUUCACAUCGAUCUGCCAUCCCAUCUCCACUCCAUUCCAAACUUGGAAAAGAUCUGUCUCGUUAAAGUUCUUCAUCUGCCGAAAACAUGUUCUUGUAGACAUGCUUUCACUGGAAAACACAAAGGGAUAGAAUUAACAUCGAUUGGCGAAGGCAUUCGGACAUACACAGCCCACAAAAUACAUUUGUUACAAAAACCUGCGAAAAGGCACAUGAAUAGAAGAGCCAAGACGAGGAAUAAUGUGUAA